AGCUGUGUUGGCUGGUGUGUUCAUGAAUAGCCUAGAGUUACGUCCAAAUAACGUUCAUUGUUCGUUAAUGAAUCUCCCGACCUUGUCUAACAUAGAAAGGGGGAAAAAACCUAACCUAACUAUGCUGGUAAGACUUAGCUAUAAUUUAAUACCUGAGGGCAUUGCUGCGUGCUACUAGAACACACCCACUGCCUCAAUCACCCAAACCUCCCUGCUCGCAUGACCGAGUUCAUUUAAAUUAGGGAGGGAGCAGUUGAGAAGAGCUCCGUCCACUGCGUGGUCAGCUGGUAUUCUCACAACUGCAGUCACCACCACACAGUCGGAAUCACCGAUGAGGCAUGGUGUGUUCAUUUGAGGACUUGAACUGAACAUUUUGUUGAGCAAAAGGACGAGACAGGGUCGCGUCCGAGAGAGUAGUCAACCGGCACGAGAGGAAAGAUCUGAUCCAGGGGGAGCGAAGAUUCGCUUGGCAUUUGCUGUACCUAAGCUAAAAUCUGUACCACAUAUUUCAACAUGACCAGAAGAUCGUGUGCCAUUUAUGUUACGGGGAUUGUAUGUGCCCAUCUACUAAUACUUGGGAUCGCACUUCUUGUGGCCCAAGUCUUUCAAACGAUGAUCUACAGUCGCUUGAAAAAGGAAAUGACGUUGACUGAGAACAGUCGAGUGUUAGACGGGUGGAUCAACCCCCCUCCGCCCGUUUACAUGCAGUAUUAUUUCUUUAAUGUCACCAACUCUGAAGAAGUCAUGAUGGGUGCCAAGCCCAUCGUUUCCCAGAUCGGGCCAUACACUUACAGGGAAUACCGACCUAGAGAGAAUGUGUCCUUUCUGGAAAAUGGAACCAAGAUUUAUGCCUUGAAUCCAAAAAGCUUUGUGUUCUUGAGGAAUAUGUCUUCUGGAGACCCCGAGACCGACAUCUUGACAACGGUUUACAUUCCUAUUGUGGCGAUAAUGAACGAGUUGAACUCGUACAACUUCUUCCUGCGCACCAUGGUGUCCAUGUGGAUGAAGAACCAGGGCUUCAGCCUCUUCAUGACACGCCCGGUCCAGGAGAUCCUCUGGGGCUUCAAGGACCCCGUCAUGACCAAUAUCAACAAGCUCAAGCCCGACGUCGACCCCUACUUUGGACUGAUGCACAACAAAAAUGGAACUCAUGAAGGUGAAUUUGUCUUCCACACUGGCGAAACGAACUAUCUGGACUACGGAAAGAUUGACACCUGGAACGGACUGCGGGAAAUGUCAUGGUGGUCUUCAAACCAGAGUAACAUGAUUAAUGGGACAGACGGGAGCGUGUUCCACCCUCUCCUGUCCAGAGACGAGCUGCUCUACAUCUUCGCAGCAGAUCUGUGCCGCUCUAUCCACCUGGCCUACGUGAGGGAUGAGGUGGUCAAAGGCAUUCCUGCUUUCCGCUUUGCUCCGCCUUCCGAUGUCCUGGCGAGUCCCGAUGAAAACCCUGCCAACGAAGGCUUCUGCGUUCCCGCUGGAGACUGCCUGGGAAAAGGCGUGCUUAAAGUCAGCGUCUGUCGUGAAGGUGCCCCGAUCGUGGUCUCCUUCCCCCACUUCUACCAGGCCGACCCCAAGUAUAUUAAUGCCAUCGAAGGGAUGAACCCCAACAAGGAGGAGCAUGAGACAUAUUUGGACCUGAAUCCCACUACAGGGCUCCCUAUCCGGGCAUGCAAACGGGCUCAGCUGAACAUCAUCCUGAAGAGAGUCAGUGGCUUCCCGCAAACACGGUAUCUCAAUGAGACCAUUUUCCCCAUCAUGUAUGUAAAUGAGACGGCGACCAUCGAUGACGAGUCUGCGUCCCAGAUGAGGACGUUGCUGAUGAUUGUGACAGUGGUGUCCAACUUCCCGCUCAUCAUCGUCGGCAUGGGCGCCAUCCUCCUCCUUGUCCUCAUCUGCCUGGUGUGUCGCUCGCGCCAGAGAAAGAGUGAAGUAAAGCGUAUUGAUUUUUCAGAAGCUUUUCAUUCUUUUGGUACGGGCAAAGAUGACACCGCUUACACGCAAGUCAGUGACAAGCCAGAAGAAUCGACAGAGAAAAGCACAAGUCAGCAGCCAAUGAGGAACGGCUCCUAUAUCGCCAUGUCGCCAGUGGAGGCACAGAAGUGCUAAGUGUUCCGUGGGGGAAAUCGGACAAGAGGCUCUAGAGCCCUCUUCCAGAGUUCUAGAAGCUUUGAUUCCGACUAACAAGCCUUUAUUACUACCCAGGGGUGCUUUCUUCUUCUUUCUCUUCCUCUCCUCAGUGCGCUUAAUUUUUGAGCUUUUUCUCAGAAAUACUUUCAUCGACCCUCACGGCUAUUUUUUUCUACUUUUUUGUUUUUGUAUUUUUUUUUUUUUAAGUCAACCUCUUUCCUCAAUGGUCUGUGCAAAAAAUCCAAAUGCACCAAGUGACUGUGUCAGUGUUUAAAAUCUGGGCCACCACGGAUAUCAUGCUGGUGUCACCUUGAGAGAUGCCACAUAAUACCCUCUCAAAACGGCUCAUUGAUCAACCGUGUAUCAGUAUGGAGGCCAAAGACCUCUAGAACGAGGCCAAGAGGUUAACGGGGGAAAGGUCAUUUUUUUGGCAGCAGUUGGCACGGUGCGCCUGACUGAACAAAAAAACCCUGUUCGUACUUCAGUGCUAUGACUGCGGUGUGGUUUCACCCAGAUUCUGCGACCUAUUUACAGGUUCGGCUGCGAUAUCUAAGUAUUGCUCAAACACUUUUCUUAUGUUACCGUUGGUAAUCCACUAAAAGGCUUGAACCUUUUUUGAAACUUUUUCCUCUUGUGCGUGUCUGGAGACCCCAACUUGUCCAUCUUGUUCGUUAUGUGUGUGGAACAUGGCCAUCGCCACCCUGUCCACUUUUGUUUGGUAUGUGUGUGUGCAUGUUCAGAUGUGUGUCUUUUCGCCAACUGCUUUGGCAGAUCAAGAACCACUUAAAUGUAGCACUACUGACCUAAGUAUUUUUUCACGUCUGUUGUUUUGUUUUUGGUUAAGUGCUUUCACAAUGCAACUGAUGCCACAUACUGGUCGCCCUAGGCCAUUUGAUCUCCAAGAUGCCGCUCUGGUCUGAGACAGACAGGCAGUCCGUCUUCAGAGCUGCCCUGACAUUGCCAGAGAUGUGAUUGGGACUUGUUUAGACUUAGUUGUCAGUUUCUUCUAUCGAUUAAAGAGAAGAUGAUGGUAGAGAAAAAAAAACAUUGGGUGAGACAUCACAAGAUCAUCUCAAGACAGGCAGAGAAGACAGUAUUCAAAGAGGCAUUUGAUCCCUGAGUUGUGUCCUAUUUCUAAGUUUCUUUUACGAUGUAAAAAAUAUGGGCUAUUUGUAGACAACAACCAAGCAAGACUUGAAAGCAAAAAUCAUCUGCCUUAUGUCUUCUGCAUGGCAAUAACACAAAACGCGGCAUUCAAGUGGAGAGUCAGAUGUAUAGAAGAGAAACUUAAUCCAGAAAAGAGCCAUAUUGGUGUGUGUGUGUGUGUGUGUGUGUGUGUGUGUGUGUGUGUGUGUGUGUGUGUGUGUGUGUGCGUGCGUGCGAGUGAGAGUGUGUGUGCUUGCGUGCGUCUGUUCAUAUGCAUGGUCCAUUCCUUUCACCUCCUCUCGUCUUUGUAUGAUGACUUGAAAGCACAAUAGAACUCCAUUCAUUUGGUGUGGGGUCCCACCUGUGAUCAGGUGUUUACAAAUGUCUGAAUUCUACACAGUUUUAGGGAACGCGCAUGCACAGUAUCUUAACGACAGGGGGAUAACAAAUGGAAACACUUUAAUUUGUAUUUAUUUUUUAUUUUAUUUUUCAGUUUUAUUUCUAAUCACUUGGUUACAUUUGGAAAUCCCCCCCACCCCACCAACCUCCUAUUACACCGCCAUUGUCAUUUCAUUAUGUUCGUCACAUUUCACGGUCCCCGUCAAGGGGUUUUGUUUUGUUUUGUUAAAUGGUUUGUUUUGUUUCACCAUUCAUGAUUCGUUGUAUCAUUCAUUUAUGUACUUCAAUGAUCCCUACACUAUAUUUGCUGCUGCUCAAGUAACAUUUUUGCUUUUUUGUUAGGGGCUGGGGACUAAUCUUUGGAAUUUCACAGAACAAAGUAGUUACUUGCUGCACUGGAUCGCUUUUGUUUUCUUUUUUUUCUUUUUUUUGAUUAUCGGAGUAAACAGCUUAUUCAAGCCCUCUAACUAAUUUCUAGAAUUCAAUCAUCUCAGCCAGGCUAGCGCAAGGGUUUCAGACGACAUUAACACAGAUUACAUUUGUUACAUAUAUUUUGCUUUUCUGAUGUAUGUGUAUAUGUGUGCAUAUAGUAUACCUGUAUAUGCACACACACACAUACUGUACAUGUUGACAGAAAUAUUGAUGCUUUCAUACUGGAAUAUUUUGUAUGUUUAUCCAGACUUGUGAAGUCUGUAGUAAACAAAGGGAAGUAUAGUCUUGUGUGUUUGUGCAGCUAUAGAUUUAUGUUGUUGGAUAUCAGUCAGUCUUUUGCGUUUCUGCUUUACCGCGUUGAAAAUGGCAUAUAGCAGUCCCUGUUUUGGGAAUGGACUGCCAGGUAUUCCAAGCAGAUCGUGUAUUCACUCAUUUACCACAGAUAUGUUGACUCUGAGGGAGCCGUAAAUCUUGUAAUAGAGUGACACUUGUGGCUUCUUUCUUCUUGCAGAGAAAAGCCACAUGAUUGUCCUGGUAGGGAUGGUUCAGUUUGCCACUUGAUCAGAGUUAGCAUACCCAGGUACAGUGAGAAGUCCUGCUUUCUUGGAAUAAUAGUGUGCCGUUCAGGAGGCCUGAUGGAGAUUUGUAGUUGCUGGACCAGGAGUGCGAGCCCUAUAGGGUUGGAUGCUGUAAGGGCACUACGUGACUUGAACCUUUUAAGACCUUAACCCUGACAUGCGUGUCAACAGAGAAGACGCCACACUCACACCCACAUGUGCUUGUGCACAGUGGAUAUAAUGACCACCACCUUUCCUUAACUAAUACGGCAGGCUUGAGUGACUUGGCUUCAAGAGUUCUAUUACCAUACCCGAUUUUUUUUAUCUAUACAUAAUUGCUAGUCAGCUGGUUCUAUGAGUGCCAUUCACCUGUGCAUUUUAAACGCCUGCUUUUAAAGUAAUGAAUCGACUAAUGUAGUGAAUGGCUGGAAUGAAGAAUGAGUAUGGGAUUAGAACUUCUUAAACCGGAUUAGCGAACCCUGCCACUUGCCGUUGCUCAUUCACAACUCCACAGCAUGUUUGACCAAAGAUAUCCUUGAGAGACCAGUCCCAAUGUUACCUUAGGCACCCACAUGCCUCUCUCCUUUUCACACAUGUUAAAAUGGUGGCCAAUUGAGAACAUGAGAACAGUGUUAAUGAUAAAUGCUAAAGUUGUAUUUGAAGCACUAAACAUUUCGAUGCCAUAAUUAUUUUGAGUUUAUUUGUGUAAAUGACAAAGAUAUGGAUUUGCCAUAACGUGAUGGAAAGCAUUCAGUAUUAUAUAUAUUAACAGCAAUAUCAAAAAAUAAUUGACACAUUUUUUUGUACAUGUUGGAAAAGCCCUAGCCUUGUUCAUGAUCAUUUCAAUAUUUUGUUGUUUUGUAAAACUGUGUUAACUCACCAUUGUAGUGUUUUUUAUUGUUGUUAUUAUUAUUAUUAUUGUUGUUAUUGAAUGAAGGUCUGAUGUCUUGCAAUGUUAAGUCCAUGAGUAUAGAGUGAGACUGAAUGCCUUAUGAUCUGUAAGUAUGUUGUGACUGGUGACAUCGGUUGGUGUGUCUUGUGCCAGACAUUGGGGUGGUUCCAAGCAGAGGUGGUUUAGUGAGGAACUCGGACUGAGGUGUGAACCACCUGGGGGGCAUUCCAAGAAGGUUGUUCAGGAGCAAAACGGGUGAAGUUUACCUGGAGGUAGUGGUGAAUCUGUUAACAACAGAGUCUGGAGUCCUCAUUUUCUUAACAGAGUGGCACCUGCAGACACUCCAUUAGUAGGUUUGCCACUUGCUGUAGGUCAACUCAACCAGUUAUGUCACUUAGCUACGUUCUUGGAAUACUCUCCCUGAUUUGGAGCAGCAGUCCAGCAUCAUGGCAAAAACAACCCACAGGGCUCUCCAUUUCGAAUUACCACUUGCCUUGACCCAACGUAUCAUGAUGCCAUGAUGUGUGAAUUAAACCUACUCUCUGGAAUUACAACCCCCUGCUAUAGUUGUCAAUGGAAAGGCUGAAUGUCUUUAAGGAAGACUUGUUGGGAUUGCUUAUUAAAAAAGUGUCAUUAUUUUUGCGUAUGUGUAAAAAAAUUGCAAUCUAACCUUCUGCUUAGAUGAAUGAAGCCUAUCAGCCAAUCAGGGAUGGACUAUUCAGUGCCAUAUCAUCCUUGUAGAAACUUAAUUUGCUUUUCAUCAGUAACACUAGCCCAAUACUAAUGUAGCAGACCGGCUCUCUAUGGGUGUUAUAGGGAGCAUUUCCCCCCCCUUUUGACAUCCACAUAAAUUGAGAAACAAAAUCCCCAUUUUUUUUCUCCUUCAAAUUAUUUUUUGAUUAUUUUUUGUUUUGUUUUUGUUCUUUUUCGUUGGUUGCCUGCAAUGAAGUUUUUGCUGCUAAAAAUGACAAUCUUUCUGUCAUGUUAGGUGCAAAAUCAUUUCAAAAUGAUAUCCAUUCUUACUUUUGAUAAAUUAUACUGCACAAAUGUUUCUACAAUGCUUUUUGUAAACAUUUCUAGUGUUAUUUGCAAAAAAUAAAUGAAUACUUAAAAUAA